GUAACUCGUAAUUUCUAUAAAUCAGUCUGCUUCAAAAAGGCAUUCGCGAAUUAGUGGCAAAAUGUUGAAGAUUACUUGUAAAAUGUUUAUUGUUUUAUCUUUGUGGUUUUUAUUGGCGAAUAAUAUAACAAAUGCCGGAAGAAUACUUGUAAUUAUACCUACACCUCUUUAUAGUCAUCAACUAGUUUUCCAGUCGUUGUGUUUAGCCUUAAACAGACGCGGACACGAACUGGUUGUAGUAACUCCACAAUCGAUAAAAGAUUCGACAUUAACAAACUAUACAGAAAUAGAAUUGCCGCCUUUAGAUUACUUGAUAAAACAAUAUAAAGAAAACGUACAACGACAAGUAUCAAUAACCGACUUACUCAAGUUCGGAUGGACAUUAACAUAUAAAAUGAGCAUAAUCAUAUUUGAUAACCCAAAAUUGAAAAAACUUUAUCAUAGUAAUAGCAAUGAAAAGUUCGACGCGGUUAUUCUAGAGUCAAUAGCUUAUCCGUCAUUAUCUAUUAUGUCGUAUAGAUUUAACGCGCCUCUUAUAGGAAUUAUAUCCAUGGGCAUACACAAUUAUCAUCGAUAUGUUUUUGGCAGUCCUUUACACCCAUCUCAUUUGUCAAAUUGGGAAAUAAAUGAGCUAACUGAGGAAAAUCCGUCGAUUUGGCAAAGACUGUGGAACUUUAUCGAAACGUGGGGUUUUAUCCAUUAUUGGAUUAAUGAUUUUAUAACGAUGGAACAAGAAAUCGUUAAAAAAUGUUUUGGAAACGAUGCACCAUACAUCGUCGAUAUAAUAAAGAAUAUGAGUUUGCUAUUAGUUAACGAGAAUCCAGUACUCACAUAUCCUAGACCCGAGCAGUCAAAUGCAGUAUUUUUUUAUGGUAUCCACAUACAGAAAACGCCACCAUCUUUACCAAAAGACUUAGGACAAUUCCUAGAUAACGCAAUGGAAGGAUUUAUUUACGUGAGUCUUGGAACUGUUACCACCUGCCACACUUUACCGAAAAAAACGCUGAGGAACUUCGUUGAAGUGUUUUCGAAGUUACCUUAUAAAAUAGUUUGGAAAUUCGAGUGCGAUGAGUUACCGGGAAAGCUCGAUAAUGCAUUUAUCUCAAAAUGGUUUUUACAGCAAAGCGUACUCGCUCAUCCGAACAUCAAGCUGUUUAUUUAUCAAGGGGGAGCCCAAAGUACCGACGAAGCUGUCCAUUAUGCAGUUCCACUUUUAGGAAUUCCGAGUAUGUCCGAACAAGAAAAUCGAGUUCGGCGAUUGGUCUCGUUGGGCGUCGCAAUAAGUAUUAAAUUAAAUGAAUUAACUCAAAAUCGUCUUAAUAAUGCUAUUCAUCAAAUCCUCAACGAUAAAAGUUACAAAGAAAAAAUGAUGCGUGUAAGUUCUCUCUCCAAGGAUCAACCAUAUAACAGCACUGAGAAUGUAAUAUGGUGGAUAGAAUAUGUAAUGCGUCACAAAGAAGCAAAUCAUCUUCGAUUUAGUGACAGCGAUAAACCAUGGUAUCAACGUUACGAUAUGGAUAUUAUUGCAUUGUUCGCCAUAGUAUUAUUUGUAAUAGAAUGUAUAAUUGCAUUGAUUAUCAUCCAGAUUAUACGUAUUAUCUUAAACAAUACUGCACUUUAUUCCUAUCGCAAAUCUUGA